AUGGCUCUUCAGGAAUCCACAGCGCUGGAUUUCUACCAGACGUAUUUUGAACCCAUGGUCUACCUGGACUACUUCAAGAUGGGCCAGAGCCCUGUGGGUGAUGAUUGCCUCUACUUCCUGCUAAAACACUACAACGCCAUUUUUAAAUCAGGUGGGCUGAAAGGAAAGCUCCUGAUUGACAUUGGCUCCGGGCCCAGCAUUUACCAGCUCCUCUCCGCCUGCGAGUCUUUUGAGGAGAUAAUCGCCACUGACUACACGGACAAGAACCGCCUGGAGCUGGAAAAGUGGCUGAAGAAGAUUCCAGGGGCGUUCGACUGGUCCCCAGUGGUGAAAUAUGUGUGUGAGCUUGAGGGGGACAGAGACAGGUGGGCUGACAAGGAGGAGCGGCUAAGGAGAACCGUGACCCAGGUGCUCAAGUGUGACGUGAAUAAAGAACAGCCCCUGGAGCCUGCAGUCCUGCCCCUGGCGGACUGCGUCCUUUCCUCCCUGUGCCUUGAGGCUGCCUGCCUCACCCAGGAGGCCUUCCGGGCUGCCCUGCGCCACAUCAGGACCCUGCUCCGGCCCAGGGGCCAUCUGGUGCUGGGCGGGGGCUUUGACACCACCUUCUACAUGGUGGGGGCGAAGAAGUUCCCCUGCCUUCCCCUGAAGGAGAAAUUCGUGUGUGAGGCUCUGCAGAAGUCCGGCUUCACCAUCGAGAAGCUGGAGACGGCUCCGCGGGCAGCUGAGACCAUGUCGGAUGAGCAGUCAGACUACACCGCGAUGUUCGUCGUCGUGGCCCAGAGAAACGACUGA